AUGUUUCUCGCCAGCAGCCAGGCAGCACGUGUUCUGAGAGAUCUUCCUUGCCUCUUUCCUGUGCCCUGUUUUGGUCCAUCCCUGGCUCACGCAGACAGGCCACCAUCCCCUGUCAACGUGACUGUGACGCAGCUGAAGGCCAACUCUGCCACUGUCUCGUGGGAUGUCCCCGAAGGAGAUGUGGUCAUCGGCUAUGCCAUCUUACAGCAGCGGCAGGAUGGACAGAUGCAGCGCUUCAUCCGGGAGGUGAACACCACCAACAGGGCCUGCGUGCUGUGGGACUUGGCAGAAGAUGCUGAUUACAUCAUCCAAGUGCAGAGCAUUGGCCUGUAUGGGGAAAGCCAGGCCAGCAAGCGUGUCCACUUCCGGACACUGAAGGAGACUGACCGCCUCCCCUCCAACAGCUCCAACCAAGGUGACAUCACCAUGGAAGGGCUGGACAAGGACAGGCAGCUGCAGACAGGCGAGAUUAUCAUCAUUGUGGCUGUGCUGCUCAUGUGGGCAGCGGUGAUUGCCCUCUUCUGCAGACAGUAUGACAUCAUCAAGGACAAUGACUCCAACAACAACAAGGAGAAGACGAAGCCAUCCUCAGAGCACAGCACGCCAGAGCGGCCUACUGGAGGGCUGUUGCGGAGCAAGAAGAAGUCCCCCUCUGUCAAUAUUAUCGAGGUGUAAGUGCAGCACCAGCUUGGCAUCUGGGGUCCUGGACAUCCUGUCAGAGCCGAAAGCAGGCCUGGGAAGAAGAGGCAGCAUUGGCGCCCAGCCUGUCAUUCUGCAUGCGAAGAUCUGCAUAUCAGAACUUACGCUUUCCCAAUGGCGCCUGUCUGGGGACGUGCAUGGAGCCGUGCAUGCAGUGCGUGGCCCCAGCUAUCCUGCGUGCCUGGCCGUGCUCCCCUGCCACUGAGGAGCAAGGAGCUGAGCAAGGAGGGAGAGCCACAACCCCAACCGGGGAGUUGGGACGCCUGGGGGAGCAGAGGGGCUGGUGCUCCUUGCAGCCCCAAGGGGAGGCAGCAUUCCUGUCCACUAGCUCGGUCAAAGGCCUGGGCACAGCUGCAUGACACCAGACUCCUGCCUGGCAGGCAGCCUGGAGCAGGCCCUGCUCUCAGCCGCUGUGUCCAGGCUCAGAGGGCUGCCUGUGAGGGGUGAGAGCUGGUUCCCCUUUCAGCCCCAAGAUGGAGGGGAUGGGGCAGUGCCGGCGCUUGCCCCAAAGCCACCAGGGAAAUUGCAGUGAGGUGGCAGGAGGGUUUGUCUGUGGGGCUGGGCCCAGUAGGCACAGCAGGUCCCUGCUGGGGCAUGGGGCUCCUCUGCACCCAGUUGUGGCAGUGCGGUGGGCUCCCAAGGCCUCUCCCAGCCAUGGGGAGAAGGACACAGAGCGUAAUGAGCCAUUGGUGCUGCAGAACCUGGCUGGGCUGCAGAGCUCACAGCUGGGGCAGGGAGUGCCAGCAGGUGGGGAGCAGCCCUAUGGGAUGGUAUGAGCCCCACAGGGCUAUGGGGGCAGACAGGGUGAGGGCGAGGCUGCGGUAUUGCUAUUUCCCCAGUAGGAAAAUCAGUCCUGGCAAGCUCAAGCUAUUUGUGGGGGAGCUGCUGAGCACCCUGUGAGCUGCGUGAUGCUGGUGCUGCCUAGAGAUGGUGUAGUGAGACCCAGCAAGGUCUCGACUGGCUCAGCAGGAUGUGCACUGUGGAGCCCAUCACUGCUCUGGGGACAGCCCCAGCUCCGGCAGCAUCGCGUCCUGCUCCUGACCCCUUCUGUCCUGCUGGUGCAUGGUCACUGCUGAUGCUCUCUCCUGGAGCUGGCCCUGUGUCCUGCCCCAGGCUGGCUGGUGCAACACAGACCUGUGGGAAAGGGCUGGCUGUGAAUGCCCAGAGCUGGUGGACCUCUGUAGCGCUACAACCUGUCCGAUCUGCUUGGCCAUGCAAGGAUAGCAUGAGCCGUUGACCACACUUAGGCUGGGGAAGAGGUGGCAUCUGGACCAUGUUUGUGUGCUCCCCAGCACUUGCAGGCAGAAGUCUGUCACUGGGUAUCGGCACUGCUCUGUGUCGGAGGCCGAGGCCUGGUGAUGCCUGGCCCAGUCAUGCCCUCCUGCUGAGGGGGGACACGAGGAGCAGAGAUGGCAGCUGGUGGCCUUGCUGCUCUCUGCUCUAUGGUGUGCAACUGAGCUGGGGUGCUGGCCCUGCAGCCCCCAGAUUCAAGCAUCACAGGAUCCAGCGUCUUCCAGGAAUAAACCUCCCAGCAAAGCACUUUCAGGACUCUUCCUUCUGGGUGCUGCUCAACUCCUGCUGCAGAACUAGGUGGGGAAGGGGUAGGGUAAGCAACUCUCUGUGGCAGGGUCUUUUCAAUAAAAGCAU